AUGGAUAGGCACAAGCCUAAAACAUUUGGUGGUUCUUCGCCUCCCAUCAAACAUAUAAUUGGUGACCUGGAAAGAUUAGAGUCUCUGGACUUGUCAGGCAAUCACCUUUCAAGUGUAAUUCUCCCAAGCCUCGCUACUUCGAGCUUUUUAAGCCAUUUGAAUUUGUCAAACAACAACUUAUCAAGUAGAAUCCCAACAGGUACCCAACUCCAAAGCUUCAAUGCUUCUUCAUAUGCAAGUAACCAAUAUCUUUGUGGGUUGCCUCUUUUGAAAAGGUGUCUAGGAGACAAAGCACCUCAAGGUCCUCAAAUUGGUAACACGCAUAGAGAAUGCAAUAUUCAAGAAUAUGCAAACUCCCACAAACAUCUAUGGUUUUAUACAAGCAUUGCAAUGGGGUUCAUUGUUGGAUUUUGGAGAGUUUGUGGAUCGUUAGUGGUGAAGAGUUCUUGGAGGCAUGCCUAUUUCCAGUUUAUGGAUAGAAUGGGAGACAAGCUCUACGUUACAAUUGCUAUCAACAUGGCCAAAGUGUUGAGGAACUUCAAGACUCAAGACUCACUGCUAAGUAGAGGUAGGCAUGUUAUUUUGACAGUUGUUCUCCUAUCUUCAAUUAAUUAUGUUUGA